UAUCAAGGUAAGGAGGAGAGAAGAGGUGGAGAAGAAGAAGAAGAGAGGAUGCAGAGCUUAACAUCGAACGAAGUAGCGGGUUUCGCUGUGGGAGCUCUGCUUCUCGGUGCCACCAUCGCUGCUCCAAAAGUUGACGCUUUCAUCGCCGCUGCUCAGAGAAGGUCUCUUGGGAUGUGCAGGAAGUGCGGAGAUGUAAAGAACGUAGCGUGUGGUCGCUGCAAAGGGACAGGGUCGAUCAAAUCAGGAGGUAUCUUUGGAUUCGGGGAGCCAGAGCCAUCAAACGCUAGAUCAGCCACUUGCGAUAAUUGCCAAGGCAAGGGUUGUUUCCCUUGCCCCGAGUGCUCAAAGUCUUGACUCCUUUUUUUUUUUGGUUGGUUAUUCAAUAGAUUUGCAUCAAGACUUUUGAUUAAAACUACUUUUGUUUCGUCUUCUUUGACCUUAUGAUAUAUAUAUGUAAUCAGUCCAAUGGUAAUGUUGAAGUUGCAGCAUGUCUACUCUUGGCUAAAUCCAUUUGAGAAGUCUCUUGUUCCAGUUU